UGCAAAUACAAAAAUGAAUAAUGUCUGCUUAAAACAUUUUUAACCAGGUGGCUGCUGCGAAAAUUACUUUCCUGCAGGAGAGUUGGUGUCCUGUCACAAUCACCCCUGGUUGCUCUAGAGGUGUGCGACCGCUGGCGUGUACAGCAACGAGUCAAAUGAGUACAUGUAAAUGAAGGAUUAAAGGUCAGGAUCUGGGAAAACUGGUCCAUGCAUUUAGCUGACUCGACUACUGUGAGGGCGUCUUUACAGGUCUCCCUAAAAAAUCCAUCUGCAGCUGCAGCUGAUUCCAAACGCUGCUGCUCGAUCCUCACUCAGACCAACAAAGUGGAUCUCAUCACUCCGGUUCUGAGCUCUUUCCGCUGGAUUCCUGUCUGUCAGAGAGCUGAUUUUAAAAUACUGCCGCUGGUUUUGAAAGAUUUAGGGCCUUCUGCUACGAUCUGAACCAUCCAGACCUCUCAGCUGGUCUGGGAUCAGGUCUGUUUCUGUCCCCAGAGUCAAAACUAAACCUGGAGAAGCAGCGUUCAGUUAUUAUGCUCCACAUAUCUGAAACAAACUCCCAGAAAACUGCAGGUCUCCUGAAACUGUCAGUUCUUUUAAAUCUAAUCUUUUGAUUGACAUCUUACACUCCUGUAAAUGUUACUCUCCUGUUUUCUCUUUUUAAAUUGAUUUAAAUUCCUUUUUUGUUGCUUUAUGUUUUUAUGAAAGGCACUUUGUGUUGCCUUGUUGUGAAACACACUCGCCCGGCCUCGCCUUGACUCGCCUCGCCAAUAUUCUGUCUCUACACGCUGUCGCUGCUUAUCUGAUGGCCGAGCUCCCGCUCAACACCUCUACUCCUUCGCCUUCGUCGUCCCCGGAGACAGAGUCCUCUGUCAGACGGCUAACUGAGCUGUUUAGCUCACGGCAGUCGGCAGCAGUUCCGACCUGACAUGCGAUAUGCUGCCCCCUAUGUUGUGGAGAAUGAAUUAGAGGUGGAGAGUCUCAGCUCUUACACAUCGGACCUUUAAAGAGGAAACAUCAGCUUUAAAAGCGUCUCCGCUGAAGGACCUGAGCUGACUUGUUAAUCACACACAGUAUCUACAGCGCAGUCAUAACCACAGCAGCUGCUCUUCCUCUCCCUCCCUCUCUGAGUCGCUUCAGUCCGAUAUGUGAAAGCUGAGAAGAAGGAAGUCAGAUCAGCAGAUUCACACAGACAGACGGACAGAAACAGAAAACCAGAAACAUGAGUAACCUUGAAGGAGUGGGAGUGACCCCGCUCUUAAACCAGACCAACCACUGCGGUCAGGUCGACACCUCGGCCCACCUCUUCUUCAUGGUGGCCCACAGUCUGGUGUUUCUGGUGGGUUUGCUCCUCAACGGCUUCACCCUGAGGGUUUACUUCUGCCGAGCUCAGCAGGCGUCCAGCAGCGUGACCGUCUACCUGAAGAACCUGGCCGCCGCCGACUUCCUGCUCAGCCUCUGUCUCCCCAUCCGAAUCGCCAACUACGCCAGCAACUCCGUCCCCGUGCGCCUGGUCUACUGCAACUUUGGCGCGUCCGCCUUCUAUCUCAACAUGUACGCCAGUAUCCUCUUCAUGGGUUACAUCGCCGCUAACAGGUACCUGAAGAUCGUCCAUCCUUUAGGAACUCACAUCCUGCAGACGGUGCGAGUUGCUCGCAUCGUCUCUGUGGUAACCUGGGUUUUCCUCUUGACCAUGACGAGCACCUACGUCCUGAUGUCGCUUUUCACCCAGGAAGCGUUAACCUCGGUCCCCGAGGCAGUGAGCUGUGACGUCCUGCACAGUAAACAGCUCAGCCUGUUAUACAAAAUCAUCCACUGCUGCUCCGCUGCCAUUUUCCUGCUCGUCCUGGUCUCCCUGGUCUUCUUCUACUACAGCACCUCCCGCAAGCUAUCGCUGGCACAGCAGAGGCAGCCGGCAUCCUCCGGCUCCAAGAAGCUCGCCAAGUCACGGAGGAACAUGUUGGUGCUGGUCAGCGUCUUCUUCGUUUGUUUCGUCCCCUACCACCUGAUUCGCUUACCCUACGCUUUCGUGAAGAAUGGCUGCUCGCUGAGCCAGGCGUUCUUCUACCUGAAGGAGCUGACCCUCAUUGUGUCGGUUCUCAACGUCUGCCUGGACCCGCUAAUCUACUUCAUCUUCUGCAAGGCUUUCCGGGCCCAGAUGAGCCUGAGGAGGGUGUUCAGCCCCACACAGGAGGCAACGCAUGAAGCAAACGCCGAGAGGAGGAGCAGCAGCUUGUGGCUGAGCACCAUCAAAAUCAACAGGAAGACGUCGCUCAGCUCGGCGACAAAGCAGACCAACAUGCUGUAGCUUAAAGCUGACAGACAUAGACACCCAUGACUUAUAUAAACUAUAACACAAUGGGAAAUAUGUGCAAAGACUGACAAGAAAGAGCGGCCGACCCGUGGUUGGACUGUUUUUCUCUUUAAGCUACAGAACGUAUGAGGGACCUUUACUCAUUAUUUCUUUGUAAUAGCAGUAAAACUUAACUUAAGUGUCUUCAAGCCAGUGAUGUGAGAAACAUCCACUGAAAGUAUUUUAUGAAACAAAAUAAAGAACUUGGCCUUUGUUACCUGUUGUUGAUAUUAAAAGUGACCAAAAACACAAGAAAAGUUUGAUUUUGUAGUAGCUUUCCCUCAAAAUCCAGUUUUGAAGGGUAUUAAAAUUGUACAAAUUAAUUCCAGUACAGAAACAGUAAUGAGUAUCAGUCCCUGAGGAUCACCAGCGAGGUUAAACUACUGGAGUUUAAGAAAAACAACCUGAACACCUAUGAGCCUGGACGCUGGAGCGACGCUGCCUCAUGUUUUCAUUGCAAACCAGGACAUUUUGGCUGUACGUACGUCACUGAAAAGGAAACAGGCUACAGCGAAGCUGUUUGGUAGACAGGUGCU